AUGUGGAAGGCUUCAGUAGCCGUGGCCUUAGUGGCCCUAGUGGGCCUAGCGUCGGGCCAGACGUGGCUGUCCAAUAUCACGGAUCACUUUCGUGAGGGCACUUCUAAUGUGAUGCGGAUGUCGGAGGUGAACUACUCCAGGCCCAUCAUCAACGUGACGUACAUGGCGCGGGUGGAGGUGGACAUGCGGGCCAUGGGACACCUCUACAACUCAACUUACACCAUCAUAGACUUCAUCGCUAACAAACAGGCGUAUCCUGAAGGUUUCGUGUCUGUGUCAGACGGCCACGUGGAGCUCGCGUCUCCUCGCUCCGAGUGGAGGUCUCUGCUGGCUCACUACGCGGGCCCCUUGGCCGUCGCUGUGCUCGUCAUACUGUUCGCUGCCGUGCUGCCGCUCUCAGGGUUGUUCUGGUGCUGCUGUCAGUGGUGCAGGGUGGGGCGGCGGCGGCGGCCGUUCGACCGCAAGUAUGACGCCUGCCUCAAGGGGAUCCUCGCCAUAGUGUUCAUCGGGCUGCUGACGCUGUUCCUGUUCGGCGUGGUGUGCGCCUUCGUCACCGACUCUCAGAUGGAGACGGGAGCGAGCGCCGCGCCCGGCGUGGUCCGCGCGGCCGUGAGGGACGCCCGCACCUUCCUGGACGCCAGCGCCGGCCACGCGCGACACCUGCUCGUCGAUAACUUCCGCGAGCUGGAGACUCAGCUGAACCGCUCGCUGGCGGCGGGCGGCGCGGUGGUGCUGCGGCAGCUGGACGAGUUCACCAACGCGACCUCCGUGCGCCGCCUCGAGCUGGUCGCCUCGACGCUGGAGCGUGUGCCGGACGAGCUGCGGCGGGUGCAGGCCGCCACGGCCGCCCUGCGCGCCGGUGCCGACUCGCUGGACGAGGGUCUGCGCCGCGUCAAGGCCUCGCUGUUCAACACGCUGGCUCGCUGCCAGGAGCCUCAGUGCGUCACUCUACAGGAGAAGUACAAGAUCGGCCAGCUCUACACCGACAUUCAGUACGACAAGAUAAUCGAUAAAUAUUUUCCAACGAUCCCGGACGUGUCGGAGCUGCUGGACAACGUGUCCCGGCUGGUGGACGGUGACAUGGUCCGCGACGUGCGCGCCGGGCUGCAGGUGUUCACGGGCAUCCGGCGGACCGUGGACCAGCACGCGCCGCGCGUCAGGGAGGCCGUGGCCGCCACCGGGGAGCGGCUGGCGAGGGUCGCGGACGAGGUCACGUGGGCGGCCGGCAACCUCAGCGAGCGGCUCAGGACCUCGCGCGCGCCGGACGUGCUACAGGAACACCUGAGACACUACGGGCCCUACGUGAGACAUCCCACCAGGGCGGUGGCCGCGGCAUUGUUGGCGAUCGUGGUGGUGAUGUCGUGGGGCCUGGUGUGCGGCGUGUGCGGCAAGCGACCCGACGUGUAUGGUGCUAGUGACUGCUGCAACAAGGGAUCUGGAGCCUCCUGUAUCACAUGCGGAAUGGCGCUGACGUUCGCGGUGGGCGGAGUGGCCGCGGUGGCGAUGCUCGUGUACUUCGUGUUCGGGCUCGCGGCGCAGAGACUCGUGUGUGACCCGCUGUCCGAGCCUCGCGGGAGCCGCGUGUUCGUGGACGUGGAGCGGUUCGUGGAGCUGGAGCGGUCUCUGUACAACGAGCGCUCCGACCCCGACUUCAACCUCACCUCGGUGCUGGUGGACUGUCACGCGAACCGGACCAUAUACCACACGUUGCGUCUCCGCCGCGCCUUCGACCUGGAGUCUGUCCGCGAGCGCGUGUCCUCGGACGUGUCGUCUCGCGUGUCGUCUCUCCGUACGGACUACCCUCCCCGCGGCCGACCGCUCCGUAUCCUGGCGCCGGCCGCUCGUGCUCGCCUGGACCGGCUCGCCGCGUCCGGUCUGUCCGACUUCGACUUCGACCGCAUCCUCGGCGCGCUGGAGACCAACGUGACGUCCCUGUCCCUGGAAGCGCUCGCGGCCCAGCUCCGCUCCACGUCCCGCGCGCUCCAGUCCCGCCCCGGCUUCCGGACGGUGGCGGGCGAGCUGUCCGCGGCCGCCGAUGACGUGUCCUCGCUACACCGGGACGUGGUCGGACCCAUGCUCGAGCGGACCAGGGAACUCAACAAAACUGCUUCCGAGCUCCGCGACGCGCUCCGGUUCAACGAGUCGUCUCUGCGGGAGGCCAUCCUGUCGUGUGUGAGGGACACCAACGAGGUGGAGCUGUUCCUGAACACUCAGGGGCCCGACCUGGUGCAGAACUUGACGCGUGAGUUCGCGGAGACCCUGGGCGAGCGUCUGCAGCAGUACCUGUCGAUGGUGUCGCGGGCGGCCGAGCGGGACGUGGGCCGCUGCGGGCCGCUCAGCAACGCAUUCAACGCCACACGAGACGCCGCCUGCCGGGCGUUCGUGCUGCCCGCGAACGGCUACUGGGUGUCCGUGUGUUGGUGCGCCCUGUUGAUGCCGGUCGUGUUGUGUGUGUCCGCGCGUCUCGCCCGCCUGUAUCGUCGCGCCGAGCCCUACCCCGGCCCGCUGGUGGAGGCCGAGUAUUUGUAUGACGCGUACACGGACCGCGAUAACGUUCCCCUCGCCAACGCCUACAAGGAGAAACGUGGCGGAGGAAGUGGCGCGGGGCCGGGGGGGCUCGGGGCCAGCCAGGGAGUGGGGCCCGCGCGGAGGAGGCCUGAGGGACCGGACGGAGCGGGGGCCUCGCACGCCCUGGCGCCGCCUGUCGACACACACCACGCGCGCAGAUAUAAUGAUAUGGCGCCAAAGCACUGGGAAGAGGGUCCUCCCCGCUAUCACGGACCCACAGAGUACGAGCGACCUCCGCCAUACUACUAUCCCGGACCAAAUGAUAGACAGUAA